UCCUUAGAAACCGAAACGGAAAAUUGUAUCUGUUUAAUUUUCCGUUUCGUUUGACGGUCUCUCAUUUUUUUUUAAUUAACAAUGGAGGAGUAUGAUGAUUCAAUGUUAAUUGAAGCUGAUCAAGGUUGGCAAACGGUAUCGUAUCACAAAAAGAACAAAAAACAACAACAAUCAGGUAAGUUAACGGAGGAUCAGGAGGAAUUUAACGCCGUUAAUUCUGGUGAUGUAUUUCGAUCGAUUGAACAACACGCUGAGGAGAGAAGGAAACGUAUAGUUGAGUCUAAGAGACUCUAUGAGGAAGGUGAGAGUAACGCCGUUACUAAUGAUAACGGCGAUGAGAAUGAUAGUGAUGCUGCUGAGAAUAAUGCUGGUGUUGUGGAGAAGAAGAAGAGUAAGCCGAAGAAGGUGAAGAAACCUAAGGUUACUGUUGCUGAGGCUGCUGCUAAGAUCGAUAACUCUGAUCUCGCUGUUUUUCUUGUCGAUAUAUCGGCGUCGUUUGAGAAGCAAGAAGAUAUACAGCUAAUGCGAUUUGCAGACUACUUUGGACGUGCAUUUGCAAAAGUGAGUUCAUCUCAGUUCCCAUGGAUGAAGAUUCUCAGGGAAUCCUCAGUUGAGAAGAUGGUUGAUAUCCCUCUUUCUCAAAUUGCUGAGGACGUUUAUAAGACAUCGGUUGACUGGCUUAACCAGCGAUCGUUUGAUGCACUUGGUUCCUUUGUGUUAUGGUCAUUGGAUAGCAUUCUUGCUGAUCUUGUACAGCACCAAGGAGCUCCAAAGGGAUCCAAAAAGGUGGUUCAGCAAGUAACUUCAAAAUCUCAGGUCGCCAUGUUUGUGGUUCUAGCAAUGGUAUUGCGACGGAAACCUGAUGUUUUGAUUAGUCUCUUACCAAUAAUGACUGAAAAUGGGAAAUACCAAGGACAAGAUAAGCUUCCAGUCAUGAUUUGGGCGAUCACUCAGGCUUGCCAAGGUGAUUUGAUUGUGGGAUUGUUCAUGUGGGUACAUUUUCUUUUACCAAUGUUAAGCAGUAAAUCGAACAGUAAUCCACAGUCGAGAGACUUAAUCUUACAGUUGGCUGAGAGAAUUGUAUCCUGGCCAAAAGCCCGUGCUAUACUCACGAAUGGUGCAGUAAGAAAGGGAGAACGCGUUGUGCCUCCAUCAGCUCUUGAGGUUUUGAUGAGGAUCACCUUCCCAGCACCUUCUGCUCGUAUUAAGGCCACUGAAAGGUUUGAAGCUGUCUAUCCCACACUGAAAGAGGUAGCUCUUGUUGCUGCCCCUGGGAGCAAAGCAAUGAAGCAGUUAACCCAGCAGAUAAUGCCUUUUGCUAUUAAAGUCAUUGCGGCAGGUGUCCCUGCUCUAUCAGAGGAAGCUACUGAGCUAUCCAUUUGGUGUUUGACUCAGAACCCUGACUGUUAUAAGCUGUGGGACAACAUUUAUCUGGACAAUGUAGAAGCAAGUCUAAUAUUAAUAAAGAAGUUGUCUACAGAGUUCAAGGCACAUUCUGCUAAGGGGCCUGGUCUUGAUCAGUUGAAGGUGACCUUAAACAGUCUCAGGCUUAAGAGUGAGAAGGCAUUGGCCAGUGUGGAUGAUGCUGCCCGUCAAGCGUCCUUGAAGGAAGUGCAGAAGUACUGCAAGAUUUUACUUGGACGCUUAUCCCAUGGCAACGGAUGCAUGAAGGCUCUCCUCCUUAUCGGUCUCAUAAUGGCUGUGGGUGCUGCUUUUGUCUGCAAGGACCUGCAGUCCCUGGAUGAUCUCAAGAAACUGUUGGCAGAUCGCUGCAAUGACUUGCAGUCCCUGGAUCUCAAGAAAAUAAUUGCAGAUCUCUGCAACGACGUGCAGUCCCUGGAUUUCAAGAAACUGUUGGCAGAUUUCAACUUGGCUUGAUGCUUCCCCUCUCAUGUAGAGGGUUGUAAGUUAAAUCACCCACCUUACUUUGUUAUAUGUCUAAAUUAUGUCCCGGCACAGAGAAGCUAGCACAGCCCACAACAAAAUGGGUAGAGAAUGAGUUUUUUUAGAAAGAAAAAUUAAAAAAAAUAGAUACAGUAGAUAUGAUGCUGAAGUUUUUGGCCUUAUUUUAUAGGGUUUGUCUUUGUUUACUUUUUAUGAAACAGAACUAUUUAAGUAAUCGAGUUUCGUUGGCUUGAAUU